CUUCGUCGCAUUCGUUAGAUGUGAAGGUGCGAGAGAGACAACCUGGUCUUCCGACGUAGCAGGAUAUUUGCAGAUUCUCUCGAAGAUUUAUCCUUCGUUUUAGACAUUUUUUAAUGAAGAUACUCGGCCAGCAUUCCUCGAGUGGAAUGCGGGAGUUACGUGGCUCGGCCGUUAAAUUCGAUCUAUCUACCCUUCGCUGUUUCUUUCCGUGCCAGAAGUGGAGAGGCCAAUAGAUGAACCUGCAAGACAGUCUCUUCUCCGAGGACGUGGAGUACGACGUGAUACAAUUCGCGGCCGACAAGAAACGCAAAAGGGCACUCGUCUUCCCUCCGGUCAACAACUACAGGCGGUUCUUGAUCCACCGGCUCGUGCAGGAGAGGUUCCCGGAGGUGCUGCACACCUUCUCAAUUGGCCAGGGUCAAGGCAGGAGAACCGUUGUCUGCUACAGGAGCGAUGUCGUAAGAGAUCCGGAGUCGAAUGGUGUACCAGGUGGAGGUAGCAUUCCCUCGAAGGCGGCGUCAACCUGCGGAAUGGGCGUCGAGGGAAGGCGAUCUCCGUCGCCCUCUCCAGAGCACUCCCGGACGCGACAGGCAAGGUCUGCACCACCCGUUGGCAUAUACGUACCUCCAGCCCGAAGAACCAAGAUCCUUCAAGAGGUCCCAACCGAGCGUUUGUCGUCGGAACCUUCCCCGUCCAUUAAAAGCCGACAAAGGAGACCCGACCGAGCCGUGUACGUGCCCAGACAUCGUCGAAGCACGGACGCGGAAGUGGGGCCUACGACACAAGACCCGACCGAGUCGUCUUCUACGCGGGAUUCCUCCCGGACGACACGCGGCGACGACUCCAGGAGGAGUACGCGACACGAGAGGACCGGAACCCCGGUGGACGCGACAUCGAGCCGGAAGGAAUCGCCAUUGUUGAUCGAGGAGGUCCAGGGAAAGGAUUCCGGGUCGCUCCGGGAUCCUUCAUCGGUGGAGGCAGAUUUAAACCGCGCUUCCGACCGAGAAGGUGGGGGAAAGGAUGAGGAGGCCACGGCAACAGCUGGGGAGAGUAUUCAAGAGCCGAGGCUCGCAAACGGUGGGUCGACGUCGACGGUCGAAGGGCCUCGAGUGCCGAACGAGUCAAACGACGCAAACGACUCCAACUUGUCCAGGAAGACGUCGACUCGCCAAAGAGAUCGAACGACCGUUGAGAGCCUGUCGAACGACUCCAGGAUCGUCCUGAAUAACGCGAAAAAUUCCAAGGACGAGGCCAGCUCAUCCGCCUCUCGAACAGCGGACCAUCGGAGGAGGAGCGAGGAGGACUCGUCUCCUGGACGCGAGAGCAUCAACGGGCUGGAAAUCGGUACCGGGGUCCUGAUCGUCCCCAGCGACACCCGGGAACGACUACCGGGUCACGGGACGACCUUGACGACGACGGUCGCGCCCUCGGAAAAGAAAAUCAAGAAAGUCGAGAGGCAGAAGAGCAAGCCCGUCCCCCCGCCGUUUCCCGCCUCGAAAGUCAACCGGGACGAGUGCGACUGGGACAGCCUGUUCGACGACAACGGGGACUGCCUCGAUCCGACCUUGAUCGAAGAGCUCACGUCGACGGUCGGAGAGGUCACGAUAGAGCAGCCGAAGAACGACUACAAGGCUUACGCGAGGCCAGUCGAGGUUUCGACGGACGACUUCGCCCACGUCGUGGAAAUCUACGAUUUUCCCUCGGACUUUAAGACGAGCGACCUGGCGGCCGUCUUCAGUCCUUUCAGAAACGGAGGUUUCGAGUUCAAAUGGGUGGACGACACCCACUGCCUCGGGGUCUUCAGCAGUCCCCUAAUCGCUGCCGAAGUGUUGGCCAUCGAUCACCCCUUCGUCAAGACUCGACCUCUUAGCGAGGCCACCGCGUCGAGUAAAACGAAAGCCAGAAGAAGCGCCGAAUGUCUGCAGCCUUACAGAAGCCGCCCGGAGACCUGCGCAGCUUUGGCCAGACGUUUGGUCACCGGCGCUUUGGGAGUUAAAUUAGCUACUGCCAGGCAAGAGAGGGAACGCGAGAAGCUUGUCUUACGCGAAGCAAAAGAAAAGAAAAGACUGGCGAACCAACAACGAGACGACGCCUGGGAGGGCGUCAUCGGUGAAAAAUAGCUCCCUUCUGUAACCUGAACGACUGGAUCAACUUUUCCUUUCUUUUUCCUUUUCCCCCCACCUACGGUUACGUCAAAUAAGUCGCUUUCACUUUUCCCUUUCCCACGAUUGACUCUCGUCAGAUGCCAUUUUCACAUCCCCUUAAGCUAACGAUACGUCCUUCGUCGUCGACUAGAGUAACGCGUUCCUAUCGUUGAAUAACUUGUACAACGCGUCAAAUGUAAGUGCACUUCGAUCGAUAUCCACUUGUGUAAAUACUUCCCAAGAAUUUUAUACGUGGACUGAUCCUUGGAUUGACUGUAAAAGAAAAAGAAGAAAAAAAAAAAGAUAAAAACAGACGGAGUCGUUAACUAUUUUUUUUCUUUUAAACAUUGAUUUCUAAAUAUUACAGGAUAACGUAUUGGUUUACAUUGAAAAGUACAUCUUCACGUGCCUCUAACGAAUCCCUCGGAUUAAGGAGCCACUUUUAUUGGCGAAACAUCGACUUGAUCGGAGGGAAUGAAAAUUCUAUAAAAUCUACGUAAGGAUUUUUUCCUUAAAAAUGGACUUCGGAGUGAGACUGAGAACAUCGGAUAACAUAUUGAGUCAUGAUCUGACGAUUCGCGGACAAUUCGAUGCGAAUUUAUUUAUACUCGAUGGCUUUUCUAUAAUGUAGACAUCAUAUUUCGUAAUUCGAGCGGACAUCUUUGUCGUGGAUCGUACAUGUUUAUCGAGACGUGCGAUGCAAUUCGAGACAAUAAAAUUAGAAUAUUGGAAUGUAACGGAUCGUUGCCUACAUUUAUAUGCUCUACGUUUAGUUUGCAUGAUUUGUACCCUGUCGCCGGAAGAAAUAAUUUGAAAUCGUUUAAAGGAAAAAAAAAAGAAAGAAAUGUUAGUUUCCCAAUUAAUUGACUGACAGCAUACUUGAUACAUAACAAAAAAUUUUUUAUCGAAUCCAUAUGAUUUCUUAAAACGCGAGCAAUUAUCGAUUUACCGGCUUUCCUAGUGUUGGACGAUGGGAUUAAAUGAGUUUUAAUGUAAAACGUCCUAGUCAUCGUUUGACAUGCAAGGUGAAAUGAUGUAUUACGUUAAACUAUUGCGGAUACGCCUUCCCAACAUUGCACUGUAUAUAAACUGAUCGAUGAAACUGUCCGAACAACUAAUGCAAUGAUGAUACAUAGCGAUAACAUUGCUCAUUUUGUAAAAGUAAAUCUAAUAAGAAAUCUUGAAGGCCACUAUGCCAUGCAGUUAAGCAGUUCUAAAAUAUAUUGUACAUACCGCAACAAAUCCGAAGAAAAAUUGUAUUUUUUUAUGUAAAACUGUUAUCGAUUGAGUGUACAUACACAAGAGAAUCUGCAUCACCAGGUCCUAAUCAUUGCUUGACAGACACGUUAUAUUCUAUGUUAGACGUCGAUAUGUGAUCAAUCGAAAACAACCUUCACUUUUAAAGAUUAUUAAAAAUUGUUUACAUACUUAA